AUGCAAUCGAUAGUCCUACUAAAGCGUGUUGGACCAGCUCAAAAUCUAACAAAACUUAACUUUAUUUAUAUUCAAAUGAAAGCAGCUUCCAAAUCACCAUUUAUCACGAUCGCUUCAAGCAGCUUUAGACAAGUUCUGUUAAAAUCUGCAUCAGAAGUUUUUUUUUCAACAUCACGAUCAUUUUCUACAUCGGCAACACAUCAUAAAUCAUUCCAAAAAAUCCAGCGAGCACUCAUGGGUGAGUCGGAAAAGAAAUCAACUUUGUCGGAGUUAAAACCGCCACCCGAUUACAUUGAUCAUCGUAUUAAUAUAUGGAAUGAAUUGAAGGCCAAAUAUCAAGUAUUUCUUACAUCUCAAAAACAAGAAGAUAUAACGAUCACGUUGCCAGACGGAAAAACAAUGCCGGGAAAAUCUUGGAAAACAACGCCAUUUGAUAUUGCACAAUCGAUAAGUCAAGGAUUGGCAAAUGCAACUGUCAUUUCAAAAAUCGACGGUAAAUUAUGGGAUUUGGAAAGACCAUUGGAGAAAAGUUGUAAACUUGAAUUAAUCAAAUUUGAUGAUGAAGAAGGAAAACAAGUAUUUUGGCAUUCAACAGCUCAUAUAAUGGGUGAAGCAAUGGAACUGUGUUACGGAGGAUGUUUAUGUUAUGGUCCACCUAUAGAGCAAGGCUUCUAUUAUGAUAUGUUUUUAGAAAAUAGGCAAGUGGCUGGCUCUGACCUCGAAGUAUUAGAAAAUGUAAUGAAAGGUAUAGUGAAUAAAGAACAACCGUUUGAACGAUUGGAAAUAACCAAAGAAGAUUUGUUAAGAAUGUUUGAUUAUAAUCCAUUCAAAGUUCGAAUUUUAAACGAAAAAGUUACUACACCAACCACGACUGUUUAUCGAUGUGGUCCAUUGAUUGAUCUUUGUCUUGGACCACAUAUUCGACAUACGGGCAAAGUGAAAGCAUUUGCUGUUACAAAGAACUCCUGCUCGUAUUGGGAAGGUGAUAAUACUCGUGAAUCAUUACAACGAAUCUAUGGCAUAUCGUUUCCCGAUCCAAAACAAUUGAAACAAUGGAAACAUUUACAAGAAGAAGCAGAGAAGCGAAAUCAUCGGAAAAUUGGCGUUGAACAAGAUUUAUUUUUUUUUCAUCCAUUAAGUCCGGGUAGUUGUUUUUUUUACCCAAAAGGUGCUUAUAUUUACAACAAGCUCAUUGAAUUAAUUAGAAGUGAAUAUCGUAAACGCGGUUAUCAAGAAGUUAUAACACCAAACAUGUACAAUUCUAAACUAUGGAAACAAUCUGGUCACUGGGAUCAUUACGCUGAGAAUAUGUUUCAAACAGAAAUUGAAAAGGAAUUAUUUGCUCUGAAACCAAUGAAUUGUCCUGGACAUUGUUUGAUGUUUGCAUCCCGUUUACGUUCGUGGCGUGAAUUACCAUUAAGAUAUGCUGAUUUUGGCGUAUUACACCGUAAUGAACUAUCAGGUGCAUUAAGUGGAUUAACACGUGUUAGAAGAUUUCAACAAGAUGAUGCACACAUAUUUUGCAUGCAAUCUCAGAUAAAAAGUGAAAUCCAAAGUUGUUUAGACUUUUUGAAACAUAUCUAUGGUGUAUUUGGUUUUUCAUUUGAAUUGAAAUUAUCUACGAAACAUUCAAGUUUUCUAAAUCAAAUAAAACAGUGCGAUUAUUAUAGAUAG